AUGAGAAAGUUUUCAAACAGGCAGUGUUUUUCACAAACUCAGGCUGGUAUUUUGAGACCAGCUGUCAUUUUCAUUGUUUCAUUUUACCCCGCCCUCCUCAACCAGAUCGAUGGAGGAGCGUGCGUGCUGCACGGAGACGCCUCGGCACACGGGGCGAGAGAGCAUAAGCAUCACAAGCAUGCUCACGGUCACCAUGGAGACCACAACCACUCAGACCACGACCACAGUGAGCACAUGGGUGGGGAGAACAGCAGAAACAUCACCACAGCGUGGGUCGGCGGGUUCCUCUCCAUCACCAUCAUCAGCCUGCUGUCUCUGCUGGGCGUCGUCCUCAUCCCGCUCAUGAACAAAGUUUUCUUCAAGUUCCUCCUCAGCUUCCUGGUGGCGCUGGCCGUGGGCACGCUGAGCGGCGACGCAUUCCUGCACCUCAUCCCCCACUCUCAGGGAGGCCACCAUCACCACCACGACGACGCAGCGAUGACGGGACACCACCACCACGACGAGCACGAGGAGAACCUGGACGCGGUGUGGAAGGGCCUGACGGCUCUGAGUGACGUCUACUUCAUGUUUCUCAUCGAGCACUUCCUGACGCUCGGAAAGAUGUACAAGGAGAAGAAACAGAAGAUCCAGAAGAAGUGUGAUCAGAACGAGAACAUGGAUCCAGAGAAACAGCCGGCGCUGGAGGAGAACAGCGUGAAGCCGAGUGAAGAUGUGGAGACUAACGGCGCCAGCACGUUUGGCGACCACUCGAGCAGCCUGCAUGGCAGCAGCGUGGCGGAGGAGGAGCAGGUGAUGCUGGCGCCGCAGGUGUCCGUCGUUUCGCCGCAGGCUUACGGCAGAGCGUCGGGGGGCGCCGCUAACUACACCGACGAGGACUGCGAGAACAAAUGCCACUCCCACUUCCAUGACACGGUUGGCCAGACGGACAGCAGGCACCACCACCACCAUGACUACCAUCACAUCCUGCACCACCACCACUCUCAGAACCACCACCCGCACAGCCACUCCCACUCCUACUCGGAGCAGCACUUCCAGGAGGCCGGAGUGGCCACGCUGGCCUGGAUGGUCAUCAUGGGAGACGGACUGCACAACUUCAGCGACGGCCUCGCUAUCGGCGCUGCUUUCACUGAGGGUCUGUCCAGCGGUCUCAGCACGUCUGUGGCUGUUUUCUGCCACGAGCUGCCUCAUGAGCUGGGUGACUUUGCGGUGCUCCUGAAGGCCGGCAUGACGGUGCGUCAGGCCAUUCUUUACAACGUGCUGUCGGCCAUGAUGGCCUACCUGGGCAUGAUCACUGGGAUUUUGAUUGGACACUACGCCGAGAACAUCUCCACGUGGAUAUUCGCCCUCACAGCCGGGCUCUUCAUGUACGUGGCCCUGGUGGACAUGGUCCCCGAGAUGUUGCACAAUGACGCCGGCGACCACGGCUUCAGCCACUGGGGCUUCUUCCUCCUCCAGAACGCCGGCAUCCUGCUGGGCUUCUGCAUAAUGCUGCUAAUCGCCAUUUUUGAGCACAAAAUCCAGCUGGACCUGGGAUACUGAGAG